CCAGAGGCGAGGGGGAAACACGUUUUCACCCGCACACCCAACGCAACGGGACCAAUAUGUGUGCCGUGCCGCUCGCCGAGCCGUUGGAAUGCCGCCGUUACCGCGGCGGCAAUGUAUUCAACGCCUGAACUCACACGGGAGGAGCGAGGAGAGGAGGAGGACGAGAACGAGGAGAAGCAGCGAGGUCCCUAUGGUACAGCGGCUGCGCGCACCCCAGCGGCGGCCGCGGUGGCCUGGCGGCGGCCGCGGUGGCUUGCCCACCGCGCUGGCCGCCGCCCGAAAGCAAGCAAGCCUCGACGUCCCGGCACUCGGGUCGGGGCCGCCCAGAAGGGACAUGCGCUCCGUCUCUUUGUCCGUGCGCGGUCUCCCAUGACGCCCCGAUGCGUUCCACAGGGCCGGCUCUUCGUCCCCGGUCGUUUCCUUGACGACCCCGAGGCCCGGCGAGGGCCCCCGAAGACCGAAGACGGCCCCAAACCUCCCGCGAUGACUUGCUACCCUGCGGCGCGAGCACGUCUGGGCCUGCUCCGGCCUCGUGCGGGCGGCCUGAAGAGCGCCCCCGCAGCAGCCCGGCAGCACCCGCUGAUCCCCGGGGGUGCGGCCGGCGCGCGCGCCGUGCAGGGCCGCACGGCGGCAAUUUGCUGCCAGAGGCCGGCAGCGGCGGCCCGGGUGCCGAGGGGCAGCCGAGGCCGCGGCCGCCCCGCGGCGCCGCCGGCACAGCGAAUUAACAGCAGGGCUGAGCGCGAGGAGCUCUGCGGCAGGAGCGAAGACUGGCCGAACUGACAGCGGAACCGAAACGGACCGGAAUCGACAGGCCGCAAGCAGCGCAGAAGGGCGCGGCGGCGCGGCAACGACGCAACGACCGACCGAGCGCAAGCGACUGCGACGUCGCCGAACCGGCCGAACCGCGCUGCGGGCGUCGCCAUGGGCACAACCAAUGACAUACUGCACACCAGCUCUGAGGUCUGCGCGGAUUUCUCGGAUCGGCGCUGGACCCCCCUCCCUGGCGUACGGAGCGCGCCAGGGGCGGCGCUGGAAGCGCCGGCAGGGGGCCCCAGCGCCCCAGCGGGGAUCCGAGGAACCCACGUGGACCUCCGAGUGCUUAUGCUCAUGUCGUGGUUCCCCCAGUCGCAGGCAGAUCACGGCGGGCGCUCGACUCGAGGGUGCUGGCCUCUCUGGGGGCCCGCUUCGGGCCGCAAGGGGGGGGGCAUCAGAAC